AUGAUGCUCAGGUUCGCCCGGGCCAAAGAAAGCUUGGGAUGGGAUGCACACAGCCCCGCUUAUGCAACCAUCCCAGACGCUUUCUAUGCCCAUGACCGACUAAUAAAGGGGAGGCAGACGCCUGCGACCCCGGCCCUUGGCAGGGAAGAUCGAACGAGAGUGCAAAAGCGAAGUUCUGCUCAGUCUCGUGCUCCGGCCUCGGUGAUUUUGGCGGAUACCAAGCCGAGUGGAAUUCUGUACGGCAAGAAGGGGACGACGGAAGACGCACAGCAAGCCCAACCGUUCGGAGGGGUGGGAAAGCAAGACUACCCCCGAAGUUUGUUGGCUUGA